AUGUUCACUGUCAAUGAGAAAAGAUCCCUUUCUGGACGAAUGUUGCAUGCGAUUCUUGGGUUGUCACUGUGUAUCUCGUAUGCAAUAGCUUUCUUGGAUACUGGCGGAAACAGCUUUUCACGAUCAAAAGUCGUGAUCGAAUCGUCGCGGCGCCCGAAAGCCACAUCUGCUUCAACAAAUACACGUCGACAAGAACUUCUUUCACGCAAUGGACCUCACUUUAGGCUCGAUCGCUUCAGAGGAAAAGUAGAGUUUGGCGCUACAGCGAAGCUUGUAACCGAGCUCGGUUCCGGCGCCAAUAACGAAUCUAUCUCGACUUGGCUUCGCGAUGAACGUGGAUUGGCUCAAUCGAUCUGGGACCCUUCUCUGAUAAAAGACCUCGGAAAUUCUAUUUACAGGCUUCAAGUUAUGAAGCUUCAGUUUGUGACAUUGCAGCUGGCGCCUUGGGUCGAUGUUGAGAUGAGCACUAUUCAAGGAAUAGACGACUCUCCUGUUUUUGUUCUGCAAUCUGUCGGGUUUGACCCCAAUAUUGAAGUCCUUCCUGGAAUGCGAGUGUCAGCAGACGCCCUCGGUAUCUUGAUUGAAGUAUCUGGGGAGCUGAGGGCUUCUCCUGAUGGUAGAGGCGUGGCAGGAGGAGUUGCUUUCCAGACAUCGGGGGAACUUCCGCCCCCGAUGCGCGUACUACCCGAGGCGGCACUAAAGGCUGCAUCCGACGCGAUCAACCAAACAAUUGUCAGGUUUGCAGUCCAAAGCUUUCAAAAGGGAGCUACGGCAAAUUUUAAAGCCUUUUUGAGGUCCAAGUAACGGCUCUAUUUUAUGUGC